AUGUCUGGUAAUCAAUUUCCCAAUGAUGCUCCUGAGGACAUCACUCGGGGAGACCGUGCUGGCCCCUCACUCCUCCCACUCUCCUAUGGGAGCGCGCUGAAACGCACCACCUGGCAGCCAUCGUCUAAAGUUGACGUGCAAGACAGUGCUGGACCAGGGUCGGACGGCGUACCUGAGCUAGAGGGAGUGUGGGAGAGCCGAAGAGAGCAGAAGGGAGCAGAACGGGAGUUGGAGGGAGUAAGACGGAGAGCAGGGGAGAUAAUGCCUGCUAGCGAGGGAGCAAAGCGGCGAUGGAUGAGUCAGCGGGAAACGGGUCGAAAGACAGACCCGAUCGAAGAUCAAUCGUCGAGCCCGGAAAAUGCACAAGGCAACCCUCAUAACGAUGUUGUCGAGUUAAAGGAUGAGUGUCCAAAGGGGCCCAGCGUCACCGGGAUUGAAGUCAUUGACACGGUGAGCGGUCCGAGAGGCAAAUAUCUUCUGUAUGCUGGGCUGGUGAUGGUGAUGACCGUCUUUGAACUGGACAACUCCACGGUGAGCACCUAUCGUAACUUUGCAGCGUCCGAGUUCCACCAGCUUCCGAUGUUGGCGACAUUGAACACUGUCAUGAGUAUCAUUUCCGCUGUCAGCAAACCACCGAUCGCCAAAUUGUCAGACGUCUUAGGCAGAGCUGAAGCGUACAUCAUCACGGUUACCUGCUACGUACUCUCUUAUAUUCUGUGCGCCUCAGCUAGAUCCUUCGACACCUAUGCCGGUGGGUGCGUUCUUUACGCUCUCGGCCAAGCUGGGACUUCGAUGCUAAACGCGAUUGUCAUUUCUGAUACCUCUUCUAUGCGAUGGAGAGGGUUUGUUUAUAAUAUACUAUACUUUCCGUUUCUUGUCACCCCAUGGAUCUCAGCAUUUAUUAUUGACAGCGUCGUCAAUGGCAUUGGGUGGCGAUGGGGAAUCGGUAUGUUUGCCAUUUUAAUGCCGUUUUGCGCCAGUAUCAUCAUCAUCAGUUUACUUGUGUUUCAACAUCGUGCAAAGAAGGUCGGUUCUAUCGUUUGUCAUCGUCCAAGUCUGUAUGGCUUCUGCUCGGACAUUGACCUAGGCGGUAUUGCGAUAUUGACUUGCGGGUUCUCCUCGCUGUUGAUUCCCAUCACUUUGGCGGCCACAACAACAGGUCGAUGGAAGACACCAUGGAUAGAUGCCCUUAUUGUCUUGGGAGCUGUCUUUCUAGCUUGUCUCUAUCCUUACGAGAAGUACAUUGCUAAACAUCCGGUAAUCCCUGUACGCUACUUCCAUACGUUGUCCGUGCUCGUACCGGUGGCACUUGCUUGCGUCGACAACAUUGGGUUCGGCACCACACACACCUACCUCUACGCCUGGUCGAUGGUCUCACAUAACUUUUCCCCUCGUAAUGCCCAGUUUCUCUCUUGGACAAGUGGCGUCAUGCAGGCGCUCGCUGGGAUGGGCAUCGGUCUGCUCAUGUACCGCCUGCGCCGCUACAAAUGGAUCGCUGUAGCCGGUGCCAUUGUCCGGAUGAUCGGCUACGGGCUGAUGAUCCGCCUGCGUACAAACACAAGCUCCUUGGCGGAACUUUUCAUCGUUCAACUGGUACAGGGGUUAGGCAGCGGGAUCAUCGAAACAAUCUCGAUAGUUGCAGCCCAGAUCUGCGUGACGCAUUCAGAACUCGCUCAGGUGACAUCGCUGGUUAUGCUGGGCUCAUUCGUGGGUAAUGCAAUUGGGUCUGCCAUCGCUGGCGGGAUCUAUACUGGGGAACUCCGCGAGCGACUGCACGUACGCUUAGGUAGUACCAUUGACAACGCCAGGCUGGAUCAGUUGUAUAAUUCCAUCACGGGAACUUUACCUAUGUGGGGAACAUUGGAGCGAACGGCAGUGAACCAAGCAUACUCCGAUGUCAUGGGUUACAUCAGUUAUGCGGCACUGGCGGUCUCUGUUCCCGUUGUUCUUCUUACCUUGGUGCUACCUGACGAGCGCUUGGGUGACGCACACAACCUUGUACAGGAAUCUCAACUGGCAGAUGUUCCAAUGUUUGACGCGGACGGUGUAGAUGACCCAUCCAGGCGAAGUCACUGA